UGACAAAUCAUCCAAGCAAAUCAAAUACCCAAUUCUCACACAUUCUCAAAGCUUGAGUUCCAAAAACUUCAAAGAGAGAUUUUUUCUCUCGUGAAAGAAAGAACGAAAAGAAUAUUAGAGAGAGAAGUUAAUGGGAUUCGGCUUAGAGAACAUCAAAUCAAUCUCCGGCGGGUGGGGCGCGGCGGUGCGUUUCUGUGACGCUUGUCAAUCAGUAUCCGCAGCCGUGUUCUGCCGAGUUGACUCAGCUUUCUUAUGCCUCACUUGCGACACACGAAUCCACUCCUACACGCGCCACGAGCGCGUGUUUCUCUGCGAAGUCUGCGAACAAGCUCCCGCCGCUGUCACCUGCAAAGCCGACGCCGCCUCUCUCUGCGUCACCUGCGACUCCGACAUCCACUCCGCUAACCCACUCGCUAGCCGCCAUGAACGCGUCCCCGUCGAGUCGUUCUUCGACUCAGCUGAAACCGCCGUCGCCAAAAUCUCAGCUUCGACGUUUGGGGUCCUCGGGUCGUCUGCCACCGUGGAUUUAACUGCCGUUCCGGUGAUGGGUAACUCCGACGAACUCGGUUUGUGCCCGUGGCUGCUUCCUAACGACUUCAGCGAACCGGCAAAACCCGAAAUGAAAUCUUCUGAGUUCAUGUUUUCUGAUUUCGAUCGACUCAUAGACUUCGAGUAUCCAAACUCCUUCAAUCAUCAGCAGCCGCAUAACAACGCAGGAGCAGACAGCCUUGUCCCCGUUCAGACAAAAACAGAGCCUCUUCCGUUGAGUAAAAACGAUCACUGCUUCGACAUAGAUUUCUGCAGAUCAAAGCUCUCUGCUUUCACCUACCCAACUCAAUCAAUCAGCCACAGUGUUUCGACUUCGUCUCUGGAAUACGGCGUGGUUCCCGACAGAAACACCUCGUCGGAAAUCUCGAUUCCGUUUAACCGGAGCACCACCACGAUCACGGCCUCGACGGCGACCACCGGCGAUCAAGCGAGCUCCAUGAACAGGGAGGCUAGGGUUUUAAGGUACAGAGAGAAGCGAAAGAACAGGAAGUUCGAGAAGACGAUCCGUUACGCUUCAAGGAAAGCUUACGCGGAGUCACGGCCAAGGAUCAAAGGCCGGUUCGCGAAACGUACAGAGACUGAAAACGACAACGUUUUCUCGAGCCAUGUUUACGCUUCAGCCGCACAGUACGGCGUCGUACCAACGUUCUGAUUCUAAUCUACGUUGGAAGUCUUAACGAAUCAUCACCUGUAUACUCCCCUUCCUUCCACCGUCGAUUUUACCGUUUGGUGUAUUGUAUUGUAUUAUCAUAUAGUGAGUCUCUUACCCUAGACAAACAAUUUAUCCUUUCUACAGCUUCGUCGGUUUACUUUUUAUUUUACCGUCUCUCUCACUGCCACUGUAAGACUGUAACUUUCCUCUCCGUUUAUGAAUGCUCUAGCAAAAGUUUUAUAAAAUAAUAUAAUUUGGUAAUUAGAAUU